AUGCUAAUCGGGCGGUCAGCCAAGAAAAGCAAUCGUCGAAAUUGUAAAGCUGUGCUCUGGCAGACCUGCCAAACUUGCUCAACCUUCAACGCAAGUUGCGGCAAUGCAUCCCCUCCUCGUCCCCAGCGCAUCCUCAGGCGCAACAGCCGAGGAAGUCGGCCACGAAGUAUCUCUUCUGCCUACUUAUUAGAAGGUUAUCCACCAAACAGCAAGCCAUCGGACGCAGUUGCCGUGUAA